CAAACAGUUCACUAACCUAGAUAUUGUUUUGUGGGUUCAUUUUAAUUUUACAUCUCUCCCCUGAAUUUUGAAACCCAAAUGCUUUCUCACGGUGUCAUGGGGCAAUUUCAACAAUUUCAGCAAUGGCGCUUAUAAAUUCUCCAACACCUUUCAAAGAUCUGGUGAUUCACCUCUCACACAACAUUAAUUACCUGCAGUCCAAUGACCCUCCCUCAUCAAGAACAGUGAGGCUUUAUGUACCCGAAACUUGAGUUCCUUCUCGUCAUUUGUUUCUCAUAGUGGUUCAUAAUUUGAGGAAUUUGGAGAAAUGAGAAAAGUCCUCUUUUCCCUUAUAAGCCAAAUACGACAGCGAGUUAGUUUCAAUCAGAACUUGACGUGUUACGGUGAUCAUGACAGUGUAUUAAACUUUUCAACUCAAGGUUCACGCAAUAACUGUUUAUACAGUGUGAUAAGGUCUUGAAAUUUGAACUCAAUAUCAAGUGGGCAAAUGGCGCGAUUUGUCUCCAAGUUGUCACCACCAGUAUCUCUUUGUGCUGCCGGUUGUUAUUAUAAAACCGAUGGUCGAGGCUCUUUCAGUCGAAGAAAAGCAGCAAUUCCAGGCCCAGUGCGCAAGUGUUGAACGAAGGAAACCAACCGAUUAUCUACUCGAAGUAAAGCUGAAAUCGUAUAGCUCUGCAUUCUGCGAUACACGGAUAUUGUAAGAAUUCAAAAUGGAAGCGCUGUCUGCGUGGAGGGUUCUGGAUGCACGGUCGCUUUUGCUGGGCACCGUGGUACUCUUAGUCUCGUAUCGGUUCCUCCGUCGACCGCGGAAUCUGCCGCCUGGUCCCUGGGGUUGGCCGAUUUUGGGUCAUCUCCCUCACAUGAUGGCGUCGAGGGACGGAAUUUUCAAGUUGUUUGCGAGACUGACUACAAGAUAUGGUGACGUUGUGCGCAUCAAUCUGGUCGGAGUACCCAUGGUUAUCUUGAAAGGACUCGACAGAACAAAGGAAGCUUUCUCUCAGUACCAAUUCAGUGGCCAUCCUCCCCUCUUAUUAACCCAGAGCAUUGCUCCAGGAGCAGGACUUUUUGGAUCGUCAGGUGAGCAGUGGAAGGAAAUACGUCGUUUCUGUAUGACCGUUCUCAGGAAGUUAGGAGUCGGCAAGUCCCGGUUUGAACAGGACAUUUCCACCGAGGCUCAAAUUCUGGUCGACGAACUCAAGAACUUUAACGGCAAAGCAUUCGAUCCAAAGCACUUGUUUGGCAACGCUGUUUCGAAUGUUAUCUGCACGGUUGUGCUUGGUAAGAGGUUCCAAUAUGCCGAUCCCACUUUCAAGCAUCUCCUGAAAGUCCUAAAUAAUUUGGUGUCGGACAAGGCAGGAGUAGAAGACAUUUUCGAAAUGAUGCCGGUGUUUGCAAAACUGAAAAUGCUACCGCUUGUACGAAAUUACGUGAAUGCGAUUGAGAGUUUCUUCCGUCACAUCAAUCUGCUUUUGAAAGAACACAGGAAAAGGCAAAACAUCGAUGAUCCUCAAGAUUUCAUUGACAUUUUUCUGAAUGAAAAGGAGACUAAGGAACGCCAGGGGACCAAGUCCUCAGUCUUGCUUCCCGAGAACUUGAAGCGCAUUGUGGGUGACCUGUUUGCGGCUGGAUCUGAGACCACUGCCACUACACUUCGCUGGGGGAUGCUGUACAUGAUGGCACACCCAGAGAUACAGAGACGAGUCCAGAAGGAGUUGGAUGACGUCACUAGUCGUAAUCGUCUGCCAAGAAUUUCCGAUAAGCCCGAGCUGCCUUACACCGAAGCCGUGCUGUGUGAGAUUCAACGCAUCGGAACCAUCGUGCCAGUCCACGUACAUAUGAGCUCUGAAGAUACCACUAUUGCGGGGUACAACAUCCCCAAAGGUACGAUUGUGGCCACUAGCAUCUGGCAAAUCCACUACGAUCCUUUGGUGUGGGAAGAACCCGAAGAGUUCCGUCCGGAGCGAUUCCUGAAUCAGGAUGGCAAGUUCAGGCCUCGCCUGGAAUUCAUACCGUUUGGAAUAGGUCGACGCAUCUGUUUGGGUGAGCACCUUGCCAAGAUGGAGCUCUUCAUCUUCUUCACACACUUACUGCAUCACUUCACCCUCAAGAAACCUGACCAUGUUCCCGUUGUGUCCUUUGAAGGAAUACAUGGCGUUGUUUGGGCACCGAAAAGCUUCGAGGUCAGCGCGAUUGCCAGAGAAUGAGACACAAAUAUUGUCAAAGUUCGCAAAUUAAUUUUCAUGAGAAGUUUAUCCUCUUUUAAUAUGUUAGAAAAAUUCGACCAACUAUACUGGAAAGCAUCUUGUCAAACUUUCACGACAUGGGAUUUUACGUAAGGAGUUGAGUUACGUUUGAGUUACGUUACGUUUGAGUUACAUGAAAUAAGCGCGCAGACAUUGCAAUCGAUGUAUCACUAUCUCCUUACAGGUAAGUCUCAAAUAUCAUCGGAACAUGCAUGGAAAAGUUUGUUGAAUAAGAAACGAAGAAAUUGUCUUUUAGUAUUUUAGCUAUGCUUGUAAUCCAAAAGAAAAAACCGCUAGGCCAAGUCACAAACUUUUUUAUCUACAGCGCGUGUUGUACACGUGCAUGACCUGUGAUUGUCAGUCAAUCAAUUAUCUUGGGGUGCCGAGUUUGCAUGCCACUAUUAAAGACUGUACCUGUUGUAUCUUCCCUGAAUUCUGGAUGUGGGUGGAUGGAUUGGGUGGGUUGGUGUAAGGGUAGGAUGACGAUCAUAUAAUAAAAAGGGCGGCCAAAGUUGAAGCUUUUAAUGUAACCUUUUCGGCCCUUCCCGAGAGUUUAGACUGAUAAACUGGCUCUGUUAUAAGGGGACAUGACAUGGACCAAGCAAAAUUCUUCAUUAUUUUUAGACCCCGUUGUCCCCCACCCCUCUGCCCGAUCUGCCAGUGCGUUCAUGGGUCUUGGAAAGGGGUAGAAAAGCCUUGGAAGAUGUACCAAGUAGCACUGUUCAGUUAUGUAGUUCAUCUCACCGCUGAAGUAGGUCAUGCACUUUGGAAAACACUUCAAGUUGUCUUUGAAAUCAGUGAAGGUCGGUCAUGUUCACCCUUUGGGUAUGAAAUGUCUUGCCAUUCUUCGAUGUCCAUGUUAAUACAGCCUGGAUCACGCAUGCGUUACAGACAUGUCAGGCAUUGUUUUUUUCUAAAUAUCCGAUACCAAGUACAUUUCGGGCAAUUUCAAUAAGCUAUCUUGCAGUAAAUAUCACCCAAAGAAAACUGACUUGCAAAGGUUUUUUCGUACAAGAUUUCAUAACAGAAAUAGAGACAGACUGCCACACCGGGGAUUAAAAUCGAAAAAUAAAUGUACAUGCAUAAUAUUAUACUUACAUAAUUCAAAUUGUUUUGAUUUGGCGCUAAGCAUAGUAGAAAGGUAGACAACCCAGUUUUAGCUUUCAAUUAAUUAAUGUAGAAAUAUGACUUUGGCUUGCACAUAUGUAAUUGUUAGAAAUGCCUCAAUUUGUACUGAUUUUGAAAUUGUGCUCAAAGCUGAUGUUUCUCCAUUCAUAACAAUUGAUAUAAUAAUAACACAAGCGCUAACUUGGAAAAAAAAGGAAUUUCAUCUAUAAUUGUACAUUUUCAGAGAAAAUAUAGGAGAUUCCUCAUUAAAAGCAUCACACC